AUGGAAAAGAAGCUGGAGAUGCCUACCUAUGAUAGGGAGGAUGAUCCAACACCAUGGGUAUUCAAGGUUGAGAGGUAUUUUGGGGUGAACAAGUCGACCGACUCGGAGAAAUUGAAGGCUGCGAGGGUACGCCUCGGAGGAUCAUCGCUGGAGGUGGACAAGGAUCCAAAGUUGGUAGCCAACAAGUGCGCUUUGCGAGCGGGAUCCCGAUUGCAAACCGAGCUGAAAUUUGAUCCAAAGGCGGCUCCAAUACAAGAAUCGCUUGAUAAUUUCUCAAGCCUCCCCUUCUAUAUCGGUAUUGCUUGUUGA